GAUACAACUUUGUCUGAAGCAGUUGAGAUUUGGCAAAGCCUCAUACAUAAUGAAAAAUUGGCUUUGUACAAAGAUGAUAUUUUAAAGAGGUUCAAGAAGGCAAUUGUUCCAUGUCAUUUUCUUGCCAAUUUAACAGAUCCAAAAUAUGAAGGAAGAACAUUGGAUAGAAGUCAAGAAGAAGAAGCUGAGGAAUGGUUGAAUGAAGUCUAUCCUGAAUUUAUGCCAGGCUAUUAUGCGUUUAAACUAAAAGAUGCUAAUUGUUUCCCAACAUAUUUAUUCAACGAUAGUGUUAAAAGCACAACAUCAGCAACAAAUUGGUGGAGAAUUAUAGAAAUGAAAGAAUCUAAGUCUUCCAAAUUGCCUGCAAAUUUUGCAAAAUUUUUACGGCAGUUGCACACUUGUCCAGCUAGUACUGGAUCCAUAGAAAGAUUUUUCUCAUCUUUUGGGAUUAUUUGGAGCAAAAUUAGAAAUCGUUUAGGAAGAGAAAAAGCUGAAAUGCUUGUACGAAUUUACAGACAUUUAAGAUCAAAAUGCACAAUUGCUGAUGACUUUUAGAUUACUUUGUUUUAAAUGAUUAAGCUUGAAU